AACGAGAGCAGGGCGACCUCUGACUUGUUGGGCUUCUACCGCAAGAGCUACGAGAACAUAGAUCAGACGCUCAGCAGGUUCGAGGCCACCUGCCAAGCGGAGCAGCAGUUUGCGGAGUUGGUAGAAUAUAUUCGACGGUACGGACACGUUCUGGAGAAGGGACCGAUGUCGGUGAAUCGAAGCAGCAAGGGCAAGGGCCACAGCCAGUUCUUCUUCCCGACGUUCAACUUCGGCGGUGGCGAUGGACAUCAAGAUGAUUCAGCAGACGGCUACACUGGCGGAGGCAUGGCAGCAUCGUGGGCCCCCUCGGCUCCCUGGGCGCCUACUGCUGCAGCACCGCCGGCGCCAGAUCCGUGGCAGGCCUACUAUGGCAACGAGUACGAUGAUAACGACACGGACACCGACGACGACGACGGAGAGGACUUGGACGGCUCGGAUUUCCCGGGACAGAUCGGCCAAGACGACGCGGUCAUCCAACAGUACCUCUACCAGAACUACGUCUUUCACAAGAAGCGCUGGCGACGGUUUACAGGCAGACCUACGAGAUUCCACAGGUUUGGAAAGGGCAAAGGUGGCAAGGGAUCUCUGAUCCCGUUUCGUGGAGGUGGAACCUUUGGUCAACGCGGACAAGGCAAAGGCUACCACUUCGAAGGAAAAGGGCGACGAAAUCCUACCGGACGUGACGGCAAGGUCAUGAAGUGCCUCACGAAGGGUUGCGAGAGCGAAUUUCACCUGAUUAAAGACUGCCCCCACCGACAAGGUAAAGGGCAAGGAAAAGGCAAUUUCGUCACGAAUGGACCUCGACCGGUAUCAGCAGCCUCGGCAGCGGUGCCACGGUUCGGAUUCAACAACACGUCAGCUACAGCGACAGCAGCGACGACAAGCAGCUCGGCCUACGGUUCUGGAUCGGUGAGCUUCUUUGCCACAGAGACACCCAAGAACGACAAUGAGCAGAGGGCGAGCGCGAGUGUGGAGGGCUCGCACGGUUUCACUGGCGUGGUGAUAUCGCCAGCGCAGCCAAAGGCCAUCGAGGACAAGGCCCCUGAGUGGUUUGGACCGAGACCGAUGGCGGAAAGCAUGGAGCCCCCAACUACAGGGUCGGCAUUGUCCUCGGGCGAAGGACCCUACUUCCCGAUGCUGCCGACCAUGGGAACCACCAAGUUCGGGGAGAUCACGGACGUGCCAUCGGGACCCACGUUUGGAAUCGGACAUAUCUUGGGACUUUCAUCGAUAGUGGCCCCGAAGGACGAGGACGGAGAUAGAGUAACGGAGCCACAUACCGCUGGAGUUCCUCUCCCGAAGACAACGAUAGGAACGCCAGCGAAGACACCGCCGAUGGUAUCGGAGAUAUUCGGCAUCAAGAAGGCAGACGAGAAGCAGGAUCCCUCCUCGAUCAACGUAGGCGGCUUGAUUUUCAGCCCCGUUCCAGCGAAGAUGGUGACCCCCCCGAGCGCGAGCAGCGGAGUUCAGGACUCGGCGGCGAGCUGGGACAAGGUGUCGAGCGUGCCCGAGCAGCAGGUGGAUCUGUCAUCCUUCGACCUCGACUCCGAGAGCUACUUUCAGCCCGGUGGAGUGGAUUUCAGCGAUGAUCGUGGAGACUUCACUGGAGUUGUCUGGACCUUGGGGGGAAACCGUGAGGAGACCUACCUGGGACACGAGCGCACCCGGCUUGAUGGCGGCGAGAUGGGCAUCCUCGUGGACCCGGGAGCGCACGGCAACCUCGUCGGACCCGACUACUGCCACCAGCAGUGGAAGAUCCCCAUCGGUACGCAGGAGAUCUACCAGGAGGGCGAUGGUAGCGGCAACCUGGACACGUACACGGCACCCAUCAUUCCUGGAUACCCUAUUGAUCGACUGCAACCUCACCCCGAGCGUUUGGACUUCAUGUGGGAGGAUUUCCGGGGAGAGAUGAGCCGCCUGGGCUUGACACUCAAUGAGAUGUCACAGCUGUACGCCGAGUGCAAGCGGCACGUGCAGAAUAAGAGUUGGAAUGGAUUUCAACAUUCGCUGAAGGUGCAUGGCAUCUACAAGGAGUGCAUUCCGAGCAAGAAGUGGGCCAGCAUCAAGGAGAUCUUCGGUGACAAGAAGGAGAAGGAGGUGCGUUUCGAGGUGCUGCCGGACGCUUCCGGCUACUGCGGGCAGAUCUACCGGGACGUCGAGGAGCUGAGCGAGGACAGCGACCCCAACAGCGCCUACGACUUCUUGAAGACUGCGUACGAGCACAGUUGGCUGGGGGCGGAGACGCCAUGCUAG